AUGGUUGAGUUGAAGACGUUGGUUCCAGAGAAUAAAUCGGUGAAGAGCGGCAGAAGAUUGGUUGGCAGACCUAACAAGAUUGGCCAGAUCUCCCACAGGACCCUCUUGAUGAGAAACACCGUCUUGGCGAAACUCGUCUUGGGUCGGACGAAGAGGAAUCAAGUGCAGGAAGCGGCGAACGACGCCUCAAGCGACGGGAUUACCACAGCGUCGCAGCGAUUCAAUUGGCUCAUCGACUCGUCGUUUUGUGGCCGGCGUUGGGUGUCAGACGCCGCCGCACAUUUCCGACAACUUAUUUCAGAAAUAAACGCUUCUAAAGGUACGUCCAUUCGGUGCGCUGCUCAGUAGAGCAAGUCAAAUCAAACGAAAAGGUUCCGAAAUCACCUCAACACGGAUAUCUUGACUCAAAAAAGGUAUUUUUUCGAAAAAUGUCCUUUCCUUUUUUGCCGCAUGAAUGAAACAUUUUCAAACUCAGUUAUUUUCUAAGUUUACAACGAAAGUUCAAACUUCUCAGAUUUGUUUCCUGAUGUUAUCGGGUCGGUUACCACUCUUAUGAGCAGAAAAAAUAAAUGAAAGGACGAGAAAAAUGUGGAAAAAAGAAGGAGAACACGUCAAGCCUGAACAUCUCAAGCAUCUCGCUCCCGAAAACAUUUCUUUGGGCCAUCUGGCGGCCCAUUCUUCACCUCAUUGAGCUUGGAACGCCUUGCUCGGUUGCGGAAAACACCGACAAGAUUAAAUAUGAGAGAAUAAAAAAUAAAAUCAACAUUCUGAUUGAACCAAAAUUUAAAAAGCCUCCUGAAACCAAAAUGGCAGACCGCAAAACCAAAUUUGAAGAAAAGUAAGGUUUUUCAAUUGAUAAUGGCUGAAAGUUUGCUUUUUUUUCAAGCUUUUAAGGCGCAUGAAGAAGUUUUAUGAUAGAAACUUGUCGCAGCAAAAGCCACUUUUUUUUUAAAUUUUCUUCUUUUUCAACAAACACUAGCUACAGAUGAAUGAUAUUUCUAUUUUCUCUUAGAUAGAACCUUUGAAUAAUAGACAAGUGAGACAUUCCAAAAGAGGCUAAAAAGACAAAGAGAAAAGGUGCAAAUGGCAGAGUUCUCCAGGCAUCCGCUGGCUCCGGCUUCCGUUGUAAUCUACCGCCGAGCGUUUUCCUCCGGCAUUUCCUACUGAUUUAGUCGCCCUUUCUCGAUCAAAACUGUUCCUCUUACCCAUUCAUUUUUCCCAAUAAAGUGAGCUUGUACUUCUUAGUUUGUGAAUUUGACUGGAACCUUUUGUGUGUUUUUUCUGGAAUAUUUCUUUCCGGAUGAUAGAAAUAAAGACAAAGCUUGAAAUUCCAUUUGUGAUUUCAUCCGAAUUCCGUUUGUAAAACUAAUAGUCGAAGCGAUUCGAAGCUAUAAAGAACCAACGUGGGCGUGGAUUUUGCUGCUUUUUCGUGGCUCGACUCGCUGUAAACCAGAACUUUCGACCCUUUCAGCCGCCGCUCGUCUUUUUUGCGCUCAUCCCACAUCUGUUAAGACCGUCUUUCCAUUUUAGUCACACAGUUUGUUUUACAUUAUUUCUCUCUUUUCACUCUGUUUCUCACGCGAAGAAAAUGUUUUGUUUUUUUUUUCCCUGAUUCAUUUCAUUUCUCAAGGGCCGCAUGCGAAAUCAAAGCAAAGUUUUGCUACUAAACAAAAAUUCCGUCAGCUGGUUUGCGAAAUUUUGAGUUAAAAAAAAACUAAAAAGAAAAACUUAUAAAAAAUAAGAAGUGCGUACCUUUCAAAAAAAUUAUUCUGUCUAUAGCUAAAUAAUCAUCAAAUUGUGAACUUCAAUGUAUGACAAUACUAAAGUAUUUAAAAAGGGAUUCAAAGUUAUUAAUAGAAUUUUGCUACGCUUUUUUUGAACUUUUCAAAGAAUAAUUUAGGAUAAAAAUCUAUCAAAUAGGAAAGGAAAUGCUGUUUCUGAAUGCCGGAAGACGGAGUACAAUAAGUGGAGUUUGUUCAUGGAAUAGGAGAGGUAAUCGAAGUGUUCGGAGGAAUGAGAGACAGAACCAGACACAAAAGGAAACGUACGGUCGGACACACAUCUCGAAGAACCGGCGUUUCUGAAGGAGUGCUCGCGGCAAAACAUUUUCUUCCUUUCCGCGCAGAAGAAUGAGGAGCCGCGUCGUCGAGGAAUCGCUCGAGUAUUUCGUUCGUCGUCGUUCCCACAGGUUUCCAAGAAAUUCAGUUUCCACCUGAAUUCAACUAACGCAUGGGAGGCGGCCACUAAAAAGAGGAGAAAAUUCGGUUUUGAUCUCUACCACUUUAUCAUUUUAUAUUUCAUCAUAACACAUUUUAGUCGAUUUCUUCAUGUUGAUUCUCCGGGAGUUUUAAUCGAUUCAAGUGUGUUUCAGCGGCGAGCAAAAUUCAUCAAAAAACAACUUCUCAGGACCUCAACUUUUGUUUAAAAAAAUAGACAGAGGUGUUCUGAACAGUCCAGAUAAGAAAUUCAGAUCUAAAAAUGAUUAAAAAUAAAAAUAAUAUGUUCAUUUCUAAUUGAAACCGAUUAGGAAAAAUUUCUUCGGUAAUCGCCAAUUUUUUUAAAUUUUUUUGAUGUGAAAUUCAACUAGAAGUAAACUUAAACAGCUGCAGACUUAAAAUUUAUUUGUGAUGAAAAAAUUCUGCGAAUUUUUUUCUGUUAGUCAACCUCCCCUUGUAACUAAGUUCGAUUUUUUUCAUUAUUCCUAUUGAGCAGGACUUUGAACUACUUCAGAAGUUUCUCCAUUCUCAGAAAUGGAAAAUUUCUCAUAUUUUUCCGAUAAAAAGCGGAAAUGUUGCAAAACUGUGUGGUUUUGGAACAACAGCUUCAUUCCCACAUCAAGAAACAUUGCCAGCUGCAACAAGUCGAUAAUCGGACAGUGAGAAUCGAUCGGAGCCUGGGGCGGAUGUGUAACUACACGGCUGGCAAGUCUUCGCCGUCGAGCAACUGCCUUGAUCUCUCCCCCUUGUACUGAAUUCCUUUAGCUCCUAUUGAUUUUUCAUCUCACUCCCGUUUUUGUACUUUCGAUAUGGAAAAGCUUCUUCAAGUAUGACUGACUUGUCGUUUUCUGUAGAGAACCGCUGAUAACUCCUCGUAUUUGAGGAUGACGAUCUCGCCUCAGCCGCAGCACUCGUCGUCCCACCAUUGGAUGGCCGAGAGCAGCACCUCCACCCACAGGACCCUCACUCCUUCCUACCGUGAGUCUUAUUUUCCAAAAUUGCCUGUCAGAAAUGAGCACAUGAGAAUAUUUAAAGAAGUCAAUGUUAUCAAAUUUCGAUGAUCUUUUAUCAUUUCCGACUUUUUCUUCGAUCUCGAUUUUUUGUGAGCUAAGAGAAAUUUUUGAAGAUAAACAUAAUGACGUGAAAGAUGAAAUUUUUUUGCUUGUAGAUUAAAUUGUACCUUAUUCUUUUUUUUCCCUCCUGAAAUGCAUAAUACUGUAAGCUUGCUAUUUUUAAGUUUAGGAGCGAAAAUGCAUAGUCUUUUAUCAUUUCUCAUUAGAAAUUGGGGCUUUUCUUGACUCAAUUCAUUAUUUUUGAGUUCGCAAGAGUCGUUUUUGUAUGACUUUGAAAAAAAUUUCCGAAAAAAAAAAAUCGUUUGACUUUGAUUAAGCCCAAAAUUCCCUUCCUUACCUUUUUCCAGUUAUUACCUGGAAUAGUUGCAGAACAGACACGGAGUGAGUCGAGGACCUCAAACAUGCCAGACCCGGUGGAGCGGCACGUGGCUCGUUGGCGCAGCGAGAGCCGAAACUCCAACCGCGACAAGGUUUUCCGCAACGACGAAGAGUUCAGUCAGCGUGAGCCAAUCCUUCGAAUUUCCCCAAUUUGAUUCUCGAUUUCAGAGGACGAGAUCGUCAACGGGACGCUGUCGGCGCUCAAGGACGACGUCGAGCAAACCACGGAGAUCAUCCGACGCAAGCAAGAGCAAAUGGUGAGCUCGAAAUGGAAGAAAUGAAGCUAAGAAUUCAUUUACAGAGAAUCGAGCGCCGUCAAUUCCAAACGGAAAUGGAGGUUUAAUUGUUGAUUUUCUCGAAUCAUCUCACUUCUGGGAUUUCAUCUUUUCUUAAACUUAAGAAAACUCUUAGGUGAACGGCCGAAUCGACAUCGAUCCAGCUGAUGACUGGCUCACCGCCAGACUCAAAGCUGUCAGCAGUGACGACAUGAACCACCAACUCGGCAAACUGAAAGAAGACCAACGUCUGUACUCAUGGAAAAUGAAGUAAUGCCCAUCUGCAGGGCAAAAUGCGGUGACCGACACUCUGGCGGCUCUCGUUUAUGACGUCAACGCGACGACGGAGGUGUUGCGUCGCGCGUCGCAGAAUCGCGGACGCGGUGACGGAAGAAAAAAGCAUCGCGAGGUUUUCGAUUUCAGAAGAAAUGGUUAAUCAUAAUUCUGCAGGAGAUCGAAUACACGUUGCGUCUGACCCCGGCGCCCGAAGACUUUCCUCCUCCGAGGCCCAAGCACGGUAAAAUUCAAAUCUAUAUAUCCAAAACAAAAUCUUGAACAUGUAAAAAAUUAAGACAGCCGGAUUUCACUGAAAUUGGCAAAUUGGAGUGAUAAUGAAGUGCAAGAAACGUAACAUGAGUGAAACGAAUGAAAAAAGAAGUAUAGAACGAAUCCUUGAUUGAGAAGUUUUUAAUUCGCAAUUUUCUGACGACUAAGUUUUAUCACGUUUUCAACUGACCAAAAGUUUCAGCCGACGAGGAAAGUUUCACGGUGGACGACGUCUCGCGGGACUAUGGCGUCGAGAUGUCGCAGCAGGAGUCGGAGAGUUUGAGAAGACGUCGCGCCCGUUCCACGACACCGCGUCGCACCCUUCACAUAUCUGUCUGUUUUCCUUUCUGGGAUGAUCCUGCAAAAAAUGAAAGUGAUAAAACUGGCCUUAUAUAAAAUAUACAGCAAAUAAAAGUUUUGAAUUUUCUAAAAAAGAGAAUUUUUUAAAAAGAUCAACUUUUGAACUUUUAAUGAAAGUUGAGCCCGUUUUUGGGUUUUUAGAUUUUUGUUAGUUCAUAUCUGUUAGUUCAACAGAAACGUCUUCACUUCUGAAUUUCAAUUAGAUUUCAAGUGACUGAAACUCGCAAAUUUGCAGGGUUCGCCUCCUCUGCCUCCGGCGGCCGUGUGUGCCUACUGCAGCGAGGAGAUCGACGGACCGAUUCUGACGGCCUUGGCGCCCAAUUCUACUCGAGCUCAGAAGUUCCACACCUACCACUUCAUGUGCACUUAUUGCCAAAAGGCUUGUUUCUACUCCCGUUUGUAGACGAAACCAGAUGCGUUUUCAGGCCUUGAACAUGCACGGCACUUUCAGAGAACACGACCGCAAGCCGUACUGCCACGACUGCUUCUACAAACUCUACAAUGGCCUUCAAUACCAACCCGAUGAACAUCAGGCCGUCAUCGAAAAGCUCAUUUAA